AUGCUGGACAAGCCCCACCCUCAACUGUCCAAGCCCGAAACCGACCAUAACGCCUACACAUUGGGUAGCGUUUGUGGGCAUAAUGUAGUGGUGACCUGCCUGCCAUCAGGUGUUUACGGAAAUACCUCUGCAGCAGUUGUGCUAGCUCAUAUGCUUCCAACGUUUCCGUCUCUUCGAUUUGGGCUGAUGGUGGGCAUUGGGGGUGGUGUACCGAGCAAAGAUGCCGGCAUUCGCCUAGGCGAUGUGGUCAUCAGCAUGCCAACUGCGACUUCGGGGGGCGUGAUUCAGUAUGACUUUGGGAAGGCACUUCGUGACGGACGUUUCAAACGCACUGGGUCGCUCAAUAAGCCACCGCAAUAUUUGCUAACUGCAGUUUCUCAAAUACGCAGUCAGAUCACCAAUGUCAAUGUCAUUGAAGAUAUCAUAUCAGAGACACUUCAAAAGUACGAGAGGCUUCGAGAACAAUUUUCACGUCCAGAUCAAGACUGGUUGUUCCAGGCGAGCUAUGACCAUGAAAGCAAGAGUGCUGACUGCUCGAGGUGUGAUCUAGACCAGCUAGUUGCGCACCCCGUCGUGCAUUACGGUCUGAUUGCAUCAGGGAACCAAGUCAUGAAAAGCGCUACAACGCGAGACGCUAUCGCCCGAGAGUGGAAUAUCCUUUGUUUUGAAAUGGAAGCAGCCGGGCUGAUGGAUCAGUUGCCAUGCUUGGUUGUUAGAGGGAUAUGCGAUUAUUGCGACUCACAUAAGCACAAACAAUGGCAAGGAUACGCCGCUCUCACUGCCGCUGCUUACACCAAAGCGCUCCUAGGAGUAGUCCCUCCAUACAGUCCUAGUCAUAGCAGUAUCGCAAAAGAAGCCCGGCACUGGAUGGUGCCCUUCGCUCGAAACCCUCGAUUUGUUGGUCGCCAACAGGAGAUCGACUAUAUUGAAAAUUUCAUCAUUCAUGCAACUGGCCCGAAGAAAGUUGCUAUUCAUGGACUAGGGGGUAUUGGGAAAACACAAAUGGCUCUGGAGCUGGCCUACCGUAUGCGAGAAAGGGUCCCCGAAUGCUCCAUUUUUUGGAUUCCAUGUACCAGCUAUGAGAGUGUAGAACAAGCCUAUGUGAGAAUUGCCUCGGCCCUAGGCCUUUCGAAUAUAGAGCCAGCGAAGAUAAAAGAGGGAGUCAGAGCUCAUCUUAGUCAAGCUAGUGCCGGAAAGUGGCUUCUGAUAUUUGACAACGCAGACGACAUGGAAAUGUGGACGAAGGGGAGCGCGAGUGCACCACCGCUCAAAAAUAUUAUUCCUCACAGUGAGAAUGGGAAUGCUCUCUUUACCUCUCGCAAUCGGAAGCUAGCUGUGAGAGUGGCAUCACCUAAUGUUCUAUCGAUCCCUGAUGUGGAUCAAACCACUGCGAUGGAGAUACUUGACAAAGCUCUCAUUCAAAAGGGUCUACUACAUGACAACUCUAUAACUACUGCUCUCCUUGAGAAGCUUGAGUUUUUGCCCCUUGCAAUCAGCCAAGCUGCGGCUUAUAUGAAUGAAAAUAAGAUCGUGCUGUCUGAUUAUCUAUCAUUGUUGAAAGAGUUAGAGACAGACGCAGUCGAGCUGUUGAGUGAGGAAUUUGAAGAUGACGGGCGAUACACUGAAACCCAGAAUCCAGUGCUUACUACUUGGUUGAUCUCUUUUCAGCAGAUCCAGGAUCUGGACAAAUUGGCAGCAGAAUAUUUUGCAGCCGUCAAGAAUGAUCAUGAGGGAACAAUAAAACUGAUACUGUUUUAUAUUGGAGCAUACCCCAAUCUCAUAUAUGCACAAUAUUCCUACCCACUCAACUGGGCUGCUAAGAAUGGCCACCUCGGCGCUACAAAGCUACUAGUCGAGUCCGGAGCGGAUGUAUUAGCAAGAGGCAGUUACGGACAAAAACCGUUAUCCAAAGCUGGAGUCAAUGGCCAUGUCGCCGUAAUGCAGUAUCUCUAUGCAACGAUAAUCGCUCAAGCAAGAAGUGAUCCCAAACUAGAGGCGGCGGAUGCUCUUAUUCUUGCCAUUUCUAGUUCAGCACCGGGACAGAUAGAAACAUCUCUGCUUUUGGUGGACGCAAUACAGGAUGUCAACAUGCAAAUUGGGGCUGGGACCCCAUUGACUCUAGCAGCCAACAAAGGCAAAGUUGAUAUGCUCGAGGCGCUGCUUGAUCGAGGGGCAGACAUAGAAUUGACAACUACCUGGGAGGGGCGCACACCUCUGAACUCAGCUACAAUGCAUUGCCAGGAGGAAGCUAUGUGGUUUUUGCUUGCGGCAGGGGCAAACCCAAAUGUAGUUGAUGGAUUGGGAAGUAUGCCACUGCAUUUUGCGGUCAGAAAUGGGAGAGAGACUGCUGUGGGGCUGCUGCUGGCCAAGGGUGCAGAUCCGAGGUUUCGGGAUCGGAGAACUGGAAUGACGCCGGCGGAGUGCGCAUUGCACCUGGAGUGCCAUGAUGUAGCUGCUUUGCUGCUGUUUGCAUUCCAUAAUCUUUAUUCAUUCGGAGUUGAGUGA